AUGUCACAAAAUAACUUAACUGAGGAACAAAUUGCUGAAUUUAGAGAAGCUUUCACAUUAUUCGACAAAGAUAAGAAUGGUUCUAUUUCUUCUAGUGAGUUGGCCACUGUUAUGAGGUCAUUGGGGUUAUCUCCAAGUGAAGCAGAGGUCGCUGAUCUAAUGAAUGAAAUUGAUAUUAAUGGCAACCACACUAUAGAGUUUGGCGAAUUUUUAGCCUUGAUGUCCAGGCAACUAAAAUCUAAUGAUAGCGAACAAGAGUUACUAGAAGCCUUUAAAGUAUUUGACAAGAAUGGUGAUGGUAUGAUCAGUGCUGCUGAGUUAAAACACGUCUUAACUUCUAUUGGUGAGAAAUUGACCGAUGCUGAGGUUGAUGAAAUGUUGAAUGAAGUUAGUGAUGGAAAUGGUGAAAUUAACAUUCAACAAUUUGCUGCAUUAUUAUCUAAAUAG